GAUAGAUAUGGAUCCGGAGGCUUUCACGGCGAGUUUGUUCAAAUGGGAUACGAGAGCAAUGGUGCCACAUCCUAACCGUCUGAUUGAAAUGGUGCCCCCGCCUCAGCAGCCACCGGCUGCGGCGUUUGCUGUAAGGCCAAGGGAGCUAUGUGGGCUAGAGGAGUUGUUUCAAGCUUAUGGUAUUAGGUACUACACGGCAGCAAAAAUAGCUGAACUCGGGUUCACAGUGAACACCCUUUUGGACAUGAAAGAUGAGGAGCUUGAUGAAAUGAUGAAUAGUUUGUCUCAGAUCUUUAGGUGGGAUCUUCUUGUUGGUGAGAGGUAUGGUAUUAAAGCUGCUGUUAGAGCUGAAAGAAGAAGGCUUGAUGAGGAGGAUCCUAGGCGUAGGCAAUUGCUCUCUGGUGAUAAUAAUACAAAUACUCUUGAUGCUCUCUCCCAAGAAGGUUUCUCUGAGGAGCCAGUACAGCAAGACAAGGAGGCAGCAGGGAGCGGUGGAAGAGGGACAUGGGAGGCAGUGGCAGCGGGGGAGAGGAAGAAACAGCCAGGGCGGAAGAAAGGCCAAAGAAAGGUGGUGGACCUUGAUGGAGAUGAUGAACAUGGUGGUGCUAUCUGUGAGAGACAGCGGGAGCACCCAUUCAUUGUAACAGAGCCUGGUGAAGUGGCACGUGGCAAAAAGAACGGUCUUGAUUACCUCUUCCAUUUAUAUGAACAGUGUCGUGAUUUCUUGAUCCAAGUCCAAAGCAUUGCCAAGGAGAGAGGAGAAAAAUGCCCCACCAAGGUGACAAAUCAGGUGUUUAGGUAUGCCAAGAAGGCAGGAGCAAGCUACAUCAACAAGCCCAAAAUGAGACACUACGUGCAUUGCUAUGCUUUACAUUGCCUCGAUGAGGAUGCAUCCAAUGCACUUAGGAGAGCGUUCAAGGAGAGAGGAGAGAAUGUUGGGGCAUGGAGACAGGCUUGUUACAAGCCCCUUGUAGCCAUCGCGUCACGCCAAGGCUGGGACAUAGAUUCCAUUUUCAAUGCUCAUCCUCGGCUUGCCAUUUGGUAUGUGCCGACCAAGCUCCGUCAACUUUGUUAUGCAGAGCGCAAUAGUGCCACUUCUUCAAGCUCUGUCUCUGGUACUGGAGGUCACCUGCCGUUUUGAGUUCUUAAUUAUGCCAAGAUAAAUACUCCUAUCUCUAUAAAAUUGUCAAAAUGUAUGUUGUAGCGAGGUCAGGACAAAGUAUUGGUUGAUGGAGGAUGGUUCAUUAAAUUUCACAUCCUUGACUA